AUGGAGAACUAUCAGAAGAUCGAGAAGAUCGGCGAAGGCACGUACGGAGUUGUCUACAAGGCUCGAGACCUGUCCAAUGGUGGUAGAAUCGUCGCUCUCAAGAAAAUCCGCCUCGAGGCCGAAGAUGAAGGCGUGCCCAGCACCGCGAUUCGCGAGAUCUCGCUGCUGAAAGAGAUGAACGACCCCAAUAUCGUGCGCCUGUUCAACAUCGUCCACGCCGACGGCCACAAGUUAUACCUCGUCUUUGAGUUCCUUGACUGCGAUCUCAAGAAAUACAUGGAGGCAUUGCCUGUGUCGGAUGGCGGCCGCGGCAAGGCUCUACCAGAAGGUUCGACAAUGGACAUGCAGAGACUGGGACUCGGCAAGGAUAUGGUCAAGAAAUUUAUGGCCCAGCUGGUUGAAGGGGUGCGAUAUUGCCACAGCCACCGAGUCCUACACCGCGAUCUCAAGCCUCAGAAUCUGCUAAUCGAUCGAGAGGGCAACCUGAAACUGGCUGAUUUUGGCCUGGCUCGAGCAUUUGGUGUGCCAUUGAGGACAUACACGCACGAGGUCGUCACACUAUGGUACCGCGCGCCAGAAAUUCUUCUCGGCGGCCGCCAAUACUCCACUGGUGUAGACAUGUGGUCCGUCGGCGCCAUCUUCGCGGAGAUGUGCACCCGUAAACCCUUGUUCCCAGGCGACUCUGAAAUCGACGAGAUCUUCAAGAUCUUCAAGCUCCUUGGGACUCCUGACGAAAACACCUGGCCCGGCGUGACCUCCUUCCCUGACUUCAAGACUUCCUUCCCCAAAUGGCGAAGGGAACCCAUGUCCAAGCUGGUGCCCAACCUCGAGCCAGCAGGCCUGGAGCUGAUCGAAGCAAUGCUCGAAUACGACCCUGCCCACAGAAUAUCAGCCAAGGCGGCAUGCAAUCAUCCCUACUUUGCAGCCGGCUCGGCGGCAUACUCGCAGAGAGGCCCCCCGAGAACAAACGGAUAUCACUGA